UCUCUCUCUCUACCCUUCUCUCUUUCUCUCUUUAUCAUAUUGAUAUUGAUGGUGAUGGCUUACACUUGAGGUCCCUGCUUCUCCUUCUUUCUUCAAUUCUUGUUGUUUGCCAUUCUUCUUCUUCUGGGUUUUGGUUGUUUUCUCUGCCAAGCAAAACCCAUCAUUAAAGAACCAAUCUUGAAAGAACCCUCUUUGAGUUUGGAGUUGGAAAUCAGUUUCUCUGCCUAGCAAAACCCAUUUUUUGUGUACUGGAAAAUGGGGCUGAAGCUUCAGUACCAGAAUGAGUACCAGUCUCCUAGAGGAGGAGCAGUUGGUGCUCUUUUGCUGCUGCUCUUUCCCAUUUUCUUGCCCAGUUUGUUCAGCCCUUUUGGUCAUGCUUCACCUUCAAUGCUCUCGGAAUGGAAUGUGAUGGUGAAGUCAAAUGCACAAGAAGGGAAUGUUCCAAAAUCUAGGCACCAACGCCUUCUCAAGAGUGCUUUACAACGCCAAACUUCAGAAGAAGAACUGUCAGAGUUGUGGACACCAUUGGCUGAUCAAGCUUGGAAACCUUGCAUAGAACCAUCAAUUGCCCCCUCAUUACCAGAGAAAUCUGAGGGAUUCAUCCAAGUAUUUCUCGAUGGAGGGUUGAACCAGCAGAGGAUGGGGAUAUGUGAUGCAGUCGCUGUUGCUAAAAUACUGAAUGCAACACUUGUGAUUCCAUACCUUGAAGUGAAUCCUGUGUGGCGAGAUUCAAGCUCCUUCAUGGAUAUAUUUGAUGUUGAUCAUUUCAUUAAUGUAUUGAAGGAUGAUAUAUCCAUAGUUAAAGAGCUACCUUCAGACUUCUCCUGGAGCACAAGGGAGUACUAUGCAACAGCCAUCCGAGCUACGAGAGUUAAGACAGCACCUGUUCAUGCUUCAGCCAACUGGUAUCUGGAGAAUGUUUUGCCUGUACUUCAGAGCUAUGGAAUUGCAGCAAUUGCCCCCUUUUCUCAUCGGCUGACUUUUGAUACCUUGCCUAUGGACAUCCAGCGGCUACGCUGUAAGGUGAACUUUCAAGCAUUAAGUUUUGUCCCACAUAUAAGAGCACUUGGAGAUGCUCUAAUUAGCCGCCUUCGAUAUCCAUCUGGUAAAAGUGGACCAAUUGGCACCAAUCAUCUGCUGGAGUUGCCUAAUGUGAAAGGCAAACAAGGGGAAGGAAAAUUUGUUGUUCUACAUCUACGAUUUGACAAGGAUAUGGCAGCUCAUUCAGCUUGUGAUUUUGGUGGUGGAAAAGCUGAAAAGCUGGCUCUAGCCAAAUACCGACAAGUGCUUUGGCAGGGAAGGGUCCUUAACUCCCAAUUCACUGACAAAGAGUUGAGGAGUCAGGGUCGUUGUCCAUUGACUCCAGAAGAAAUUGGGUUGCUGCUUGCUGCAUUGGGAUUUGACAACAGUACUCGUCUCUAUCUUGCUUCGCACAAGGUAUACGGUGGGGAAGCUAGAAUUGAAAAUUUGCGACACUUGUUUCCACUGAUGGAAGACAAAAAGAGCCUUGCUUCUUCAGAAGAACGUGCCCUAAUCAAAGGAAAGGCUUCUCUGUUAGCUGCGCUAGAUUACUACGUUAGCAUGCACAGUGAUAUCUUCGUUUCUGCUUCUCCUGGAAAUAUGCACAAUGCAUUGGUAAGACUUCCAUUUCAAUUUCUAGACAAGUAUACUAGAGAAGUCUGAGAGGGUCAUGUUUCCGUUAAUAUGAUCAGUAUGAUGAUGCUUUAUGCAUAACGAAGAUCAUU